AUGGCACCCUGGCAGGCAUCUGUCGAUAGAUUCUGUUAUCAGUAUCUGCAAUUAGAAGCGGAACCAAGCCUGCCACCUGCCGAAUUUCUCAAGUUGUCCGACGCACAGGAGGCUAUCUACGAGCGCGCCUUCGCCGACACUGUGCGAUACGCGCCGCCACCGCGCUAUCAGUUGCGCGUGCUCAAAGCCCUGGUGGCCGCCGUCGAGAAGAGUAUCGACGACUGGGAAAAGCAUGCGCUUUCUGAUAACCUCAUGUCGGCCAUGACGGAUCUCCUCGCCGCCCCGCUGCCGUCCGAGGUCGACUCGGCGCAACAAAAGUGCUACGUGACCUACGCGCUAUCGCUACUUCAGCCGCCACCGGCCGAGGAAGAAGUUGCUACCGCUGCCGGUGACCACGCGCAGCCAACCAUCACGCUGCUCGAGAGUCGUUCGCUCAUCUCGGCGGGCGGCACCACAGGCCUGCGGACGUGGGAGGCGGCGCUGCACCUGGGCCAGUAUCUCUGCGAGCGGCCGGCCCUCGUCCGCGGCCGGCGCGUGCUGGAGCUCGGCGCCGGCACGGGCUACCUGUCCAUCCUGUGCGCGCGGCACCUGGGCGCCGCGCACGUCCUCGCAUCCGACGGCUCCGACGACGUCCUCGCCAACCUCCCGGACAGCCUGUUCCUCAACGGACUACGAGAGGCCGGGGGGCAGAUCGCGCCGAUGGACCUGAAAUGGGGCCACGCGCUGCUCGGCGCCGAGGAGAGGCGGUGGAACGGCGGCCGCGGCGUCGACGUGGUGCUCGGCGCGGACAUCACGUACGACGCCAGCGUCGUUCCCGCGCUCGCGGCGACGCUGCUGGAGCUGUUGGCGCUGUACCCCCGCGCCGAGGUGUACAUCACGGCGACGCAGCGCAACCACGCGACGUUUGCGGCGUUCCUGGACGCGUGCCGGACGCACCGGCUGGCGGUGGAGGAUCUGCACUACGGCGUCGCGCCGCGGGAGCAGCAGGCGGGGCCGUUUUACAACGACACGGUGGAGAUUCGGGCGUGCAAGAUCAGUAGGGUAGCAUAA